AUGGAACACGAUGGCGUGAUGAUGCUGAGAAGUACAGCCAUCGGGAUCCGCUGUAAAGACGGUGUGGUGUUUGGCGUGGAGAAGCUGGUCUUGUCCAAACUGUACGAGGAGGGCUCCAACAAGCACAUCUUCAACAUCGACAGACACGUCGGCAUGGCAGUGACGGGUCUCCUGGCUGAUGCGCGCUCGUUGGCGGAAGUGGCCCGGGAGGAGGCGUCCAACUUCAGGUCCAACUACGGACACGACAUUCCCCUCAAGGUAAGCCGUCGCAGAGUGGUAACGCCCACCGCUCACGCUGCUUCCUGUCGCCACACAGCACCUGUCGGAGCGUGUGGCCAUGUACGUGCACGCCUACACCCUGUACAGUGCUGUGCAACCCUUUGGCUGCAGCUUCAUCCUGGGCUCCCACGACAAAGACGACGGCCCGCAGCUCUACAUGGUCGACCUCCGGCGUCUCUAAUGGCUACUGGGGGUGUGCCAUCGGAAAAGCCAAACCAGCUGCCAAGACAAAAAUUGCAGGACUUGCUUUACCGCUGGAGUCGAGCGCUGCCGGACUACGAGAGUGCCAACAAGGCUCUGGACAAAGCCCGCGCCAAGAACCGAGACGUCCUGCAGGCGGAAAGCAGCCAGCAGCUGUGCUGUCACAAGUUCGACAAGAUCGACAAGAUCUCCGACUCCGCUAAGCAAGAGCUCAUCGACUUCAAGACCAGGCGAGUGGCGGCGUUUAGGAAGAACCUGGUGGAGCUGGCAGAGUUGGAGCUCAAACACGCCAAGGUACGCCCCGCCCCUCCCUGAGGAGGACACGAUGUCAUAGCUGCAGAGCUGCCUGGGCGUCCUGAAGGGGAACACUUAACCACGCCUCCUCCUCGAUCACGCCCCUGCACCGCGUGACGCAAGAACGCCACCGGGAAGGAACAGGAAGUCUGUCAUCGUCAUGACUGUACAUGCGCUGUCCCAUCCCACGGUCUAAUCGGGAUCAAUCUGCUUCAUCUUGUCUUCUGUGCUCUUACUUUAGCGGGUUCUUUGGUGUCGCUCAACUUCCUGUGCCACUUCUGCUUCCUGUCUUUUUAGGAGGAGCCUCAGUCUCUGCCAUGGACAUCACUAGACUUAAUACUGUACUGGGGCACACAGAAUUAAUGAGAGAGAAAAACAUAUUCAGCACUUAUCAUAAAAAAACAUUAAUAGUUCUUUAAAAUAUUCAGUCAUAUCAGACUGUUUUCUAGAUCUUUGAUUAAACACCUGAAAUGUACUGCAGUAAUGUAUUGACCUACCUGUGCACUUUACUCUUGACUUCCAAACGAGUACUGAUAAAAGCAAAAAGAAAGAAAAAUUAAUAAAUGAUAAAUG